CCUACACAGUUUGACUUCCCAUAAUUCAGUGCGCUCAUAAAGUCUUUCGAGAGGACGUUACGCUAAGGGCACAGCAAGAGACCCAUUAUCUUUGACUGAAGAUGGCUGAUGUUAUUGAGGACAAGAUCAAGAAUUACAGAACGGCUCCAUUCGAUUCCCGUUUUCCAAACACUAACCAGACUAGAAACUGUUUCCAGAAUUACCUCGACUUCCACAGGUGUAAUAAGGCUUUGUCAAGCAAAGGGCAGGACAGUUCUCCCUGCGAAUGGUAUCAGAGAGUCUACAAGAGCCUGUGUCCAAUGAGCUGGGUGGAGAAAUGGGACGGACAGAUUGAGGAUGGAAGCUUCCCCGGAAAGAUCUAAAUGGUCGCUGAUACUUUCAAUUCAUGAGCUCCCAACCUUAUGUGGAGUACCUCAUAAUAUGUUAUCCCAAUUUGAUGUCUUAGUUAUUGGUUUGCCUGCUAGAGUACAUCCUACAGUUGCAACUUACAAAAUAAAAACGCACAAUUUCAACUAA